CGCCGCCACACUCAAAUCCCCACCUCGGGAUUCCUCCCGAUCCACCCACCUCCUCUCUCUUGAAUUCCCCAUCUGGCCAAUCCCGCAGCCUCCUCCCGAUCCACCAGCCAGCCACCACCAAAUCCUCCUUCUUGCCUCGAUCAAGCCCACAAGAGAGGAGCUCCUCCUCUGCUUUCUCCUCGAGGCCGCAACCUCCUCGUCCCGAUCCAUGGGCGACUCGCCGGAGUUCGCCGGUCCAGGAACCGAGCCUCCAAGGCGCCGCCACCUCGACUGCCUGGACCGCACGCGCGUCAAGUCCACUCGUCCGCGUCGACCCGCCGCCCCGCCAAAUCGUUGGAAUCCGCCGUGGCAUCCGAACCUCGCUGCUGCAUCCUCUCCAUCCUGCAGGUCGCCACCUCGCCAAGUCCCUCGCCUCACCGUCCUGUGCCUGGAGCCGCGCCCCUCCAUCGUCUCUUCCUUGAGCCACCGCAGCAGGCGGACCUCCGCAUCCGGCCACGCCGCCGGCAAGCCCUGCCUCCUCCGCCUCGCCAAGUCCCUGAACCUGUCGAUGCGUUCUCCUUCAGAAUGAGCAGAGUAGCUCGCUCGCCCCGCGUUGACCGAGUGCCCCUCUAUGGACUAGUUCGAGCGAGAGGGCUUGAUCGCCUGCUUGUGGGCCGGCCGCGCUGCUUCCCCGCGGCCUGCUGCCUCUCUGAACCGGGCCGAAGCUCAUGGUGAGCAGAUCCCCAGCGCCUCCCCUCUGUUCCCUUGGGCUUGGCUCAAUUCUGCCACUGCUGAGGCCCUGCGCCAGUAGUUUCGGCCCAUGUAUUUUUUUCCCUUGCGCUGCGAAUUUUGCCUUUUAACCAGAGUCUGCCUGUUUUUACAGGAAACCCCUUGCACUUCAUGCAUUUAAUAACUCAACAACCGAGCAUCACAUGUAAAAACUUUGUAUAUGAAACUUGCUUAGUUUUUCAUCUAGAUUCAUAAUAUGU